UGUGAGUGGAGCCCUUAAAAGAGGAUUCUUCAUUGGAGACAUCGCGGACCGCUGCUUUUACUUGAUCUACGCAAACUGCGCAGCCAUGAGUGAGAAACAAAUACCUACUGGAAUAACUGGAAACCUCAAACCAUCUGCAGGCCAAGAUGAAAAGAACAACCUCCCUGAGGACUUCGACAUCGAUAUGGACAACCCACAGACAGAGAAGGCCGCUGUGGCCAUCCAGUCGCAGUUCAGGAAAUUCCAGAAGAAGAAGCAGGAUGUGAAGUCUUAAGAGGCGGCGAGGCUUGUUGGUUCCUCACAUCUGCAUGUCAAUCAAACUGCACCAUCCUGAACUCGAACUACAAACUACGCGGUACAGAAGUUGUAUCGGGGCGAAUCAAUGUUUUUGAAGUCAGUGUAUAAUUACAAAAAUCGAUUAUUACCAAGUUGUAGAUGUAGUAUUUUGAACAUUCCUAUGAUUGCGCUGUUAUUUUUCCUUUUAGGGGAUAUUGUGUUUGUGCAUCAUUACAUUUAAGAUCUCCAUAUGUAAUGGACCCUUUUAAUUUGAAGCUAGUUUAGAUUUUUUCCUACAUUGCCAAAGAGUGGAUUGUUUGGAAUCAGGGAACAUAACUCCAAAAAUGUUUUUCAGACUUCCACUUUCAUUGGGUUCACGAUAUCAUCAGCAGUAAUGCACCGCAAUCAAAAGAUUUUUCGGGCGUUUAGUGUCACGUCUCUCUGGCUGUGCGCUUUCAUGCAAAAUGGGCAAUGUUUUUUUUUUCCUGCAAAUUGACGUUCCUCAUUUGUAAGCCAGUCAUUUGUGUGUGUGAUCUGAUGUUGUAUGUGAUUUGUCUUCCACUCCUGGUGUUUGAUGUUGUUCCGCCAUUAAUUCAAAGUUGACUCCUUUAUUGUAUGUAUACUGAUCAAUUACACACAUUUUGCAUGUGACUUCACAUACAACCCAAAACAGAAAUAAACAGAACACAAAUUAAAAAAAUGUUUGAAAAA